AUGUCAGAAUCGAACAAAUUAUUCAACCCGUUCGGAAAUCAUGAGACCCACCUGAAAGAGUUGAAGUUACAGUUGGAGCAAACUGUCUUGAAAUCAGUUCAAUACAUAGAAGACGUGAACGAUCUUACUGAAUCAUUUGAACAGCUGACAGAGAUUGCGAAGAGCAUACCAGAAACAUCGAUCAAAGCUCUCAUUUCUGAAGUAGUCGAUCCUUUAUCGAGAUGUAUAUCAAUAUUUAGUGCAAUAAUGAUAGUACGCAUAGAAAGAGCAUCAAUCUACAACCUAAUCCAAAGAUUAAAGAAAUUUAUUGAAACUAUCGCAGACCGUGUGACCAAGCCAUUUGAUUCCGAAGUAUUACAAGAAUGGACACCGAUUUUCAUAUCUCUAUUGAGAGGAGGAGGAUACUGCGGUUUCACAGAAAUUGGCGCAUUGUUAUGGAACAAGACGUUUGGGACUGUGGAUAACGAUCUAGUUUGUUCUAACGAAUUGAAAAAACACCUUCACGUUUUGCCCUCAAGAUAUGCCAUCAAUAAACCAAAAUUGCCAAUUAAAUAUGGUUAUGAUUGGCUUUUUGAUCGUGAGGAGUGGGAAAAAGAUGAACAAACUUUUUCUGAUGGUGCCGGAUUCACGCUUCCAGAAGUGAAGACGGAAGUUGUUUACGAGGAGAGGUCUUUAAAAUUUUAUCAACAGCCUGUUGUUGAUGAUGUAGCUGAAAUUAGGUAUGGAAUAGUUAUGAAACAUAAAGCCACGACUCGGAAGAAUGAUUUGGAGGAAAAAGUAGAAGAAGUCUCUGGGUCGCCGAACACAAUAAACUACAUGGAUGAGGAGGCACAUGAUGGAUUUGUGAAAACAGAUAAAAUCAAAACGGCGUUAAUAGCUAAGAACUUGGAAGUCAAAGAUGAAAAAGUUAAAACUUCAAAUAAAUACAAUCAUCCAGUCUCAACAUUUGCUACCGAAUCAUCGAGAAACCCUGAGUUGGCCCAGAACAAAAGUGUAGAAACUCUGGAAAAAUUUCCUGAACUAGCAUUGAUAAAAUUGCCGGAUCAAUUUCACGGAGAAAAGGAUUCAGCAGAUGUUUCUGAUUUAAAGAAAUCAGCUGAUAGCCACACGGGUAUUGCUCAAAAAGAAGAUGAUGUAGAGCAAAAAACUAGGAAAAAGCCGGUCAGAUCGAAGCUCGCCAGAAAGCGUUCGAACCCAACAAGAAGAAGUGAAAGACUGUCAGAAAUUCAGAACAACGCGAGUGUGAGGUCAGAAUCGUCGAAAACCGUAGAUGACAAUGUUCAGAAGGCACAAGGUCAGGAAGAAGUUGUGGACACAAUCGUAAAAAGUAUGCUUGUUAAAGAAGUAGCCGACAAGAGGGGUGUUUCUGCAACAACAAGUGAUAAACAUUUAUCUGAUGUGGAAGUUCAUUCGCCGCCAAAAACCCCACAAACUCCAUCAAUUUUGCGUGUUGGUAUAAGAACGUCAAGCUAUCCAAUGACAGAGACAAAGAGAAACCGAGUUCAUUUCGACGAAGAGUCUGUUCCGGUGGAUGUUGUUUUGUCGUCUUUCACACUACAACAAAUUCCUGUAGUCGAAGCUUCGAAUAUUCCGGAACCGGAACAUGCGAUGAAUGUCCGUAAUAGCAGUCCACUAUUGGAUAACCAAAGUGCUCCAUACAAUUCCUUUUUCUAUCCAAGUCUUGCAAACUGUCGUGACAAGGUUGAUCGUAUCUUGCCGAAAUUGGUAAAGCUCUGCACAAAAACUUGUGUAGACUCUGCAAAACGGUCUUUGAUGGUAGUUGUAGUUAAAACCAUCGGAGACUUUGCGUCUCUCUCAAAAUUUGACAUUGAGAAGUUCACUUGGAUCAAAAAACGAGUUGCUGGAGCUAAGAAUGUAUUGAUGCAGUAUGAGAAAUCACGAAACACAGAACGACGUGAAGAAAUUGCUGAUGACUCAGACGAAAGACCAAUGGAUGCCACUGAUACCAUGCCGCCUGCAAUAGAAUGUGCAUUACCAAUUUCAAGUGUUUUUCAACCGGUUCCUAUGGAGACCGAAGCCAAUAUUUCUCCAACAAAUCAACUUAAUACUCAAGAAUCAUCAGAAUCCAACGCGUUGUCCGUGGAGGCAACACAGCCAGUAUUAAACUCCCAAAACACGCCUGAAGCAUCUCAAUCUCCAGCAAGUCCAAUUUCUACAGAUACUGGAUUAUCUACUUCUACUGUCUAUCCACCUGCUGUUCAAAAAAAUGUGUCCGAAGUACAAUCUCGUCAAAAUUUGGCACCAAUAUUUCGUGGUGGACCGAAACAUUUGAAAAAGGCACAACUGAGUUCAGAAAUGCAAUUCGAACAUGCGAAUGAAAUUGAAAGGUCUUUCUUAGAAGAUAGACGCAUUUUGCAUAGAAUCUGUACCAAUCUCUCACACGCUCACACACAAAAUCAUUGGCCAGGUGAAAACUCGUCCAAACUUCUCUCCAAUAUCAACAAAGCUUCAAUACUUUUCAAGAAUUUGGUACAAACACGUGGUGCUGGCGACUGGGAUGGUAUGAAUUUAAAUGACGGUGAAUGGUCAACAGCCGUAAGCGAUGUGGCAACUGAUGUUGAUGCUCUUGUAGCAGUAUACAAACGUUUUUCACGUCAUCACACUUCACUCAUGGCGAAUAAUCUUCCAUGGAAAAGCAUCAUGGAAUGCAUAAACGAAGCAGCGUGUCUUCUGGGAAGUAUCUUUCUCGCGAGAGUACAAGAAGUUUGA